AUGGCUCACGCCGAUCACACAAGAGAUCCCUGUCCAUGGGUAAUUCUCAGUGACUUCGGAGGGGCUUUUUCUAUGGGCGCAGUUGGAGGUGGCAUUUGGUAUGGCAUAAAGGGUUCAAGGAACUCACCUCGGGGAGAACGUUUUGUCGGUGCGAUAUCCUCCAUGAAAGCACGCGCCCCAGUAAUAGGUGGUAACUUCGGUGUAUGGGGUGGCAUGUUCUCGACGUUUGACUGUGCCGUAAAAGGCUUCCGGCAGAAGGAGGAUGCAUGGAAUGCCAUCAUAUCCGGAUUCAUGACUGGCGGUUGUCUGGCUGCACGAAGUGGACCCAGAUCCAUGCUAUCUUCAGCCAUAGCUUGUGGCGUGCUGCUUGGUGUCUUCGAGGGAGUUGGUGUACUCAUAUCUCGGGUCUUCAGUGAAGGAACACGACCACAGAUGCCACAAAUCCCCACCGCUGCUCCAGCUGGUUCAGCAUAG